CCGCCCCGCAGCGCUCCCAACCCGCCGCCUCCCGCGUCCGCCGCCGUCAAACCCACAGGUGGGCUGUGCCUGCUGGGCGCCUACGCCGACAGCGACGAUGAAGAGGGGGAAGGCGCCGAAAAGCCGACACGCCCCGCCGGUGCCAACGGAAACAAUUCGACAGAUAUCGACAGCACGCUGGCCAACUUCCUGGCGGAGAUUGAUGCCAUCACGGCCCCCCCGCAGCCAGCCGAGCCCACCCCCGCUGAGACGGCGCCUGGGGGCGGCCUGAGCGGGGCGCAGGGCCUGAGGAGAGCCGGGCUUGAGAGGGUGACAGGGCCUGAGGAGGAGGAGGACAGGGCCCGGAGGAGGGCCGGACCCAGUCUGAAGGAGGGCCGGACCCGGUGUCGUUCCCCGCAGCUCCCAGCGUCCCCUCGCCGUCCGCCUUCCGCCCACUCUUCAACGACUUCGGGGCCGCCCUCAAUGGGCUAUGUGCAGGCCAUGAAACCGCCCGGCGCUCCGGGCUCGCAGAGCACCUACAGCGACCUUCUCUCUGUCAUCGAGGAGAUGGGCAGGGAGAUCCGGCCCACCUACCGCUCCCACGGCGGGCCCCCACGAUCUCGUUGUCCGGUGUCAAUGUCUCGGCUCGUGUAUCCCGGCCGCCGGAUCCGGUUUCCCCGCUGCAAUCUCACCCCGGCACUGGGGGAUCGGAUUCGGAGCCUGGAGGGAGGCCCCCAGCGCCGCGUUCCCGGAAGCCCUCUGCCCUCCCCUUGCCGAGUCUCCCCGGGGGUGAAACGGGGCCACCGCAACCCCCGGGGGCACCGGAGCGCUAGGGGGGGGCGGCGGAGCACCGAGGAGCCCCAGCUGCCCCCCACUUUCAGGCAGGACGGGAAGCAGCGCUCUGGCCCCCCCGGUCCCCAGGAUGGUGAGGAGCUGGCAGAGGCUGCGCAAUCACCACCACUGCAGAGCUACUCAGUGCUGCAUGGGCUUGUGGGGCCGGCGUGCAUCUUCCUCCGGCAGAGCAUUGCCAUCACACAACUGGACCGGGAGUUGCGGCCGGAGGAGAUUGAAGGGCUGUCCCUGGGUGUCAUCAGUCUCUCCGCGCUGUCCCCAGAGCUGAAGCAAGCCUUCAAGGAGUUUGACAAGGACCGCGAUGGCUAUAUCAGCUACAAGGACCUGGGCGAGUGCAUGCGCACCAUGGGCUACAUGCCCACCGAGAUGGAGCUCAUUGAGCUGUCUCAGCAGAUCAGCGGCAAAGUGGAUUUUGAUGACUUUGUGGAGCUGAUGGGCCCUAAGAUGCUGGCGGAGACGGCGGACAUGAUCGGGAUCAAGGAACUGCGUGACGCCUUCCGUGAGUUCGACACCAAUGGGGACGGGCAGAUCAGCAUGGCGGAGCUGCGGGAGGCCAUGCGGAAGCUGCUGGGGCAGCAGCUCAACUACCGCGAAGUGGAUGAGAUCCUCAAGGAUGUGGAUCUCAAUGGGGAUGGCCUGGUGGACUUUGAAGUUUGUGCGGAUGAUGUCGCGCUGAAGGGCCGGGAGCCGCCGCCGUGCCUUACCGGGAGGAGGAGGGGAGCGGCGGACGGCGGAGCGGAGGGCACCGCGCUGCGAGAGGCGCGGGAAGAGCUGGGGCUGAACCUGCGGGAGGAGAGCGUCUGGGGGCGGCUGCGAGGGCUGCCCGAGAGGCACGGGAUGCUUGUGGUCCCUGUGGUGGCCAACCUGGGACCCCUGGAGGACCUGACACUGUCCCCAAACCCUGACGAGGUGGCAGAGGUCUUCACACUGCCUCUAGAGCACCUCCUGCAGGAAGAAAACCAGGGCUACACCCAUUUCCGCACUGCCGGUCGCUAUGGCUACACUCUGCCUGUCUUCCUCAACGGCCCCCACCGCAUCUGGGGGCUGACAGCCAUCAUCACUGAGCUGACGCUGGAGCUGCUGGCGCCCGACUUUGCAUCGAUCUCAGCUGUCUGUGCGUCUCCCCGCACGAAGCGUGCCAUCACCUUGUUCAUCCAGUCAACACCUGGGUGGUUGACGUGGCCAGAGAUGUUGAAAAGCUUUGUCCCGGAGUUGCGCUCGCGCCCAAAGCCAGCAAACCAGGCACCACCACGCCGGCAGAUGGUGGGGGCCACAGCCACCGUCUCCACAUUGGCCACCGUGGUGGGACAGCCAAAGACUCCUGUAGGGAAUCAGAGCUGUGCCUGGUUCCCCCUCAUCUGCGUUCACUACCAGAGGUUGGUGAAGAUGCGGUCCUCAUCCUUCAAAGAGCCGAACUGCGUCUUUUUCGGCGCUGUCUGCGGGGAAGGGAGGAGCUCAGCCCGACCCCGGGCUCGGAACCGGGCUGAGCGGUCGGUUCAGCACUCACCGAGAAGCCGGCGGCGGCGGCGGGGAGGCGGCGCAGGGCCCUCAGCUGCCAGGCGGCCAUGGCGCUCCGCCGCCACCUUCAGGCGCCCCCCGCUGCGUCGCUCGGAUGUGGCGUCAUCAGAGAGCGCCGCGGCGCGCUGUGAUGACGUCACCGAAGCCGGCCGGGGAUCAGGGGGCGGGAAGUAUGACACGCAGUGCUCGCUGGCAGGAGUGGGAGAACUGGAGAUGGGUGACUGGCAGGAGGUGUGGGAUGAAAACACCGGCUGCUACUACUACUGGAACACGCAGAGCAAUGAGGUGACUUGGGAGCUGCCGCAGUAUUUGGCAGCCCAGGUGCAGGGCUUGCAGCACUACCAGGCCAGCUGUACGGCAGCGGGCACCAAUGGGAGCUUUGCAGCAGCUGCUGAGUCCUUGGUACAGGAGAAAACAGGUCCAGUAAGUGCUGCCAGACCCGGGGCUAAGCGGGAGGUGAAGAAGGAAGUAAAUGAAGGAGUGCAGGCGCUCUCCAGCAGCGAAGAGGAGAAGAAAGGGGUGGCUGCGGCCCUCCUGGCACCACUUGUGCCAGAUGUGGUGAAGGAGGAAGAGGAGCGCUGGAGGAGAAAGGUGAUUUGCAAAGAGGAAGUUGAGCCGCCCCCAGAAGAGGAGGUGAAAAUGGAGGAGAUGUCAGCUGCAUCUGAAGAGCCCAAGACGGGCAAGGAUCCCCUGGAGGACACACUGCAGGAGGAGCUGUGCAGUGUAGUGCAGUCGGGGGAGAGCGGGGAGGAGGAGGAAGAGCAAGACACGCUUGAGCUGGAGAUAGUGCUGGAGAGAAAGAAGGCAGAGCUGCGUGCUUUAGAGGAAGGAGAUGGCAGCGUUUCAGGCUCCAGCCCGCUCUCUGAUGGGAGCCAGUCAGCCUCGCAGGAUGCAACCCGCAGACUGGCCUCAAAGCGGGGGAAAUGGAAACUGUUUGCGGGAGCUGCCAGCCCUGAUUCUGCUAGUCGAGGCUCCAGCAAAACGGGCCGGGAGAGCCCAGAGGCGGGAGAAGCAGCUGUGAGCAUGGAAGCAGCUGAUGGGCCUUCAGACAAAGAGACAGAGUCUGAGGAGCCCCAGGAAAAAGUCAAAGCACAAGCAACACCAAAAAUAGAAGAGGAGGAGCAGGAUCUAAAGUUUCAGAUCGGAGAGCUCGCAAACACUCUGACUAGUAAAUUGGAGUUCCUGGGCAUCAACAGACAAUCUAUCUCCAACUUCCACAUGUUGCUGUUGCAGACAGAGACCCGCAUUGCAGACUGGCGAGAAGGUGCUCUCAAUGGAAACUACCUCAAACGCAAACUUCAAGAUGCAGCCGAACAGCUAAAACAAUACGAAAUAAACGCCACCCCUAAAGGCUGGUCCUGCCACUGGGACAGGGAGCAUAGGCGCUAUUUCUAUGUUAACGAGCACUCAGGAGAGUCGCAGUGGGAGUUCCCCGACGGAGAGGAUGAAGACGAAGGACAGCAGAGUGCCGACAGAAAAGCUGACGAUCCUCCCAAACCACCUCCCAAAGAGAAAGGAGAGCAUCCCACCGAUGCCACUGAGAGUUCAACAGGCUCCCUUUGUAAAGAAUCCUUCUCAGGCCAAGUCCCUGCUACGUCUCUCAUGCCGCUCACUCCAUUUUGGACUCUGCUUCAGUCCUCUGUCCCGGUCCUCCAACCUCCCUUGCCUUUGGAAAUGCCUCCGCCACCUCCGCCUCCACCUGACUCACCACCGCCGCCGCCGCCCCCACCACCUCCUGGAGAAGACGGCGAGAUCCAGGAAGUGGAGAUGGAAGACGAGGGGGGCGAGGAGCCGCCUGCCCCGGGGACGGAGGAAGAUGCUCUGCUCAAGCCUCUCCCGCGCCCAGCUGUCGGCAGGAACCAGGGCGCUGCUGAACCCAGCCCUGCCCUGCUACUUUCUGCCAAGCCCCAGAAACGGAAAGCUACAGAGAUGAACCCGGAGCUGAUGCAGCGAACGGCCACCAUCGGCAGCUGCCCUGUUAUCUACAGCCAGCCCUUGAUGGCCGCUAGCAAGUACCAGCCUUCGCCUGUGCCCCUCACCUCCCUGAGGCCACGCCAGCGCCUGCAGGGUGACAUGCAGAGCCGUGCCAACCUCCGCCUGCCGCCAGGACAUGCUGUCCCCCAGCCGUCCAGCAUGGCCAUACAGCCCGGCUACUUGGGUGUGACAGCACCCGCUGCACCAUCUGUCAUGAGCUACUCUGAGUGCGCCGUGCCUGCUGGCCUUGCUGCUGUGCCACCAGCCCCGGCACGCGGCUCCCUGCCUGCCACCAGCACUGCUGAGCAUCCACCUCCCCCACCUCCACCCCCGACACCUCCACCUCCCACACCCAAAGCACCACCGCCGCCAGAUAAACCUGAAAAGCCAAGGAAGGGGAGGAAGGAGAAGAGCAAGAAGGGCAAAACAAAGAUGCCAUCACUGGUGAAGAAGUGGCAGAGCAUCCAGCGGGAACUCGAUGAGGAGGAGAACUCCAGCUCCAGUGAGGAGGACCGGGAGACAACGGCGCAGAGGCGCAUUGAAGAGUGGAAGCAGCAACAGCUGCUCAGUGGCAUGGCGGAGAGGAACGCCAACUUCGAAGCGCUGCCAGAGGACUGGAGAGCACGGCUGAAGCGGAGGAAAACUGCAUCUAGCACAUGAAGCAUACAUGCGGCGCUGUUUUUUACAAUUGUACAGUUUGGAGCCCUUUAUGACUCAACUGUUGUCCAAUAAAUUGUAGCAGUUUGGGA